GACCAGUAAAAUUGAAGACAAAGAUCCCCAGUUGGCUGGGGAACGGGAACCGUACAGAAAAUCCUAAUUCAGCUGAAAAAGAGAAAUAAAAAGAAAAAUAAAAAAAGAAAAUCCAAGCCCACCAGAUUUGUGUGGCUCUCAGCGCGCCUCCUCAUCUCAAAAUUUUCUGAACCAAACUCCGCAGGUUCACACGAAAAAGCCUCAAAUAUUUAUAAGACAGAAAUCAUUAAAAAAGUAACGAAAAAUCUCCAACACAAACUUCUGAAAAACCUCCAAGAUUUGCUUCUCCUCCAGCACUAGGACUCGGCUGGACUAGCUCAUCCUUCAUCAAUGGCUGCUACCUCAGUUUCUGCUUCUGCUUUUCUUGGGAGCUGGGGCACCUGUGACGACCACGCCAUGCUGCAGGCCAAGGUGGCCGCGCCGCCACAACUCAGGGUGGCAGUUAGGCCGCGGCCCAUGAUGGGGAGUGGAAAGGGCGGCAUCUUUGCUCCGGCCGUCGUCAUCACAAGAAACAUCAUUGGAAAGAAGAGAUUCAACCAGCUUCGAGGCAAGGCCAUUGCUCUUCACUCACAGGUGAUAACGGAGUUCUGCAAAUCGAUAGGAGCGGACAACAAGCAACGGCAGGGGCUGAUUCGACUGGCCAAGAAAAAUGGAGAGUGGCUUGGUUUUCUUGCUUGAUGAAAGAAUGUUUCUUGCCUACGAUUAAUCAAUGUAUUCGCUUUCAUAUACCAAAUGUGUAGUGUGUAUUCAUAAACAGCCCAGAUACAAUCUCUGAAUACCUCUAUUUCGUUUGCUCUUUCAUGUUUAGAUUGGAUACUAGAUGAAUGAGCUCUUACAUUUUGCUAAUAUUCAAAACUUAUAGAAAAAAGUUUUACAACAA